AUGUCCUGGAGUAGAAGUCAAUACCAUCGGACAGAAUCAUUAAAUAUCAGUUUGGCACAGGGAUGGAGAACUAAAUUUGCUAAGGCGUCUCCAGACAGAGAUCAUCGUGAUCCAUUCUCAUACUAGUUUCGACAUUUUCACCCGUAAUUUUCUGAUUGGUUUAUUUUCAGAGUACUGUCUGCAUGAAGCUAGCAAGUAUAACGUUGGCUUUCCUAUCAGACAUUUGAUUUUUGCAGUUGUAACUUUCGUUUCGUCUCUAAGCUUAAUGAUUGGAUACCAUGGAACACGCAAAAACUCGUCGUUUGCAUUCAUCACAGGCAAACUGCGCAGGGCAGCUUUUCUCCAAGGCAUUUGGAGGAACACUCGAUUUAUAACAGAAUCCUUGAUUUUGAUGACCAAACAGCAGUUGAAUUAAAUCAACACGGCUUCGUCUUCCUAAUGUGACGGUAAGCACCCGACUCUGCGUAAUGAUAUAGUUUAAGAAAAAAAAAUGUAAAAGCGCACAUUAAAGAAAAACAGAAAGAAAUGAUAAGAAGUAGAUGAAAUUACAAGAACUUCGGGGUCAUCUGGAAGCUCCUCCUCGAUGCAGACAUUGA